UCAGCCUCCGUAGACAGUGGGUCGAAAGUGCCGAUCAAAAUGGAAGUGAAUCCCCCCAAACAGGAGCACCUGCUGGCCCUGAAAGUGAUGCGGUUGACUAAGCCUACUUUAUUCACCAAUAUUCCAGUAACAUGUGAAGAGAAAGACUUACCUGGAGAUCUCUUUAACCAACUCAUGAGAGAUGAUCCUUCAACUGUAAAUGGUGCAGAAAUAUUAAUGUUGGGAGAAAUGUUGACUUUACCACAGAAUUUCGGGAAUAUAUUUUUGGGAGAGACCUUUUCCAGUUAUAUCAGCGUUCAUAAUGAUAGCAAUCAAGUUGUAAAAGACAUAUUGGUAAAAGCUGAUCUUCAGACAAGUUCUCAGCGUUUAAAUCUUUCAGCCUCUAAUGCUGCAGUGGCUGAACUUAAACCUGAUUGUUGUAUUGACGAUGUCAUACACCACGAAGUAAAAGAAAUUGGAACACACAUCUUGGUGUGUGCAGUGAGUUAUACAACUCAGGGUGGAGAAAAAAUGUAUUUUAGAAAAUUCUUCAAGUUUCAGGUUCUCAAACCACUGGAUGUGAAAACCAAAUUUUACAACGCAGAGAGUGACCUCAAUUCUGUGACUGAUGAAGUAUUUCUGGAAGCCCAGAUUCAGAAUAUUACAACCUCACCCAUGUUUAUGGAGAAAGUUUCAUUGGAGCCAUCUAUCAUGUAUAAUGUAGCAGAAUUAAAUUCAGUCAACCAAGCUGGAGAAUGUGUAACUACGUUUGGGUCAAGAGCAUAUUUGCAGCCAAUGGAUACACGCCAGUACUUGUACUGCCUAAAGCCCAAGAAGGAGUUUGCAGAAAAAGCAGGCAUCAUUAAAGGAGUAACAGUAAUUGGAAAAUUGGAUAUAGUGUGGAAAACAAAUCUAGGUGAAAGGGGAAGAUUACAGACCAGCCAACUUCAAAGAAUGGCUCCAGGUUAUGGAGAUGUUAGGUUGUCUUUGGAGGCAAUCCCAGAUACCGUAAACCUAGAAGAACCUUUUCAUAUUACCUGUAAAAUAACAAACUGCAGCAGUGAAAGGACUAUGGAUCUGGUUUUGGAAAUGUGCAAUACCAAUUCCAUCCACUGGUGUGGUAUUUCAGGAAGACAGCUUGGAAAGCUACAUCCAAGUUCCUCUCUCUGCCUUGCUCUUACUCUACUGUCUUCAGUCCAGGGACUGCAAAGCGUCUCCGGCUUAAGACUAACAGACACGUUCUUAAAGAGAACAUAUGAAUAUGAUGACAUCGCACAAGUCUGUGUGGUAUCUUCGGCCAUUAAAGUGGAAAGCUGAAGAAAAUUUCCAAUAUUAUGCUUUUCAUUGAAUGUCACAGAACUUUCUGUGUUUCUGUCACCUUUGUAAAAUGAUCAAGUCAACAGCAAAAAUAAGUAUAUGUUAUUUAAAUUUCUUUCCUGUAAAAGUUAAAAUAUUAAAUAUUUGUUUUGAAAAGAACCAUUUACUGAUUUUAUCUUGUGAAUUAUAUUCUAAAUGAACAUUUGUACAUUUUCUACACAUACUAUCCUGUUUCAUUUCAUUUUAGAUGACCAUUGGACCUUGUUCUCCACAGGCUCUAUAUUUGGGGCCAUUUGUCCCUAGCAAGUAUCUAGAACAGGGGACAGCAAACAUUAUAUGUAAAGGGCCAGAUAUUGAAUAUUGUAGGCUUUGCAGGCCAUAUGGUUUCUGUUGAAAUUACUCAACUCUGCUGUUGUAGUGUGAGAGCAGCCAGCAGGCUAAGAGCGCAGCGGUAUU